AGUGUAAACAAUUUUUAGACCUGUUUAUAAAUGUUUUUGUGGUGUUUUUUGGAAUUUGUGAAUAGUUGUGUGAAAUUAAAUUGCGAGAAAAUAUUAUUAAGUUAUGCGUCUUUUUAAAAGACAUUUUUCGGAUUCGAGUCCACGUCUAGUCAGUUUAUCGCCACUCUGUGAUCAAGUUAAUGAAAAUAGUGAGGAAAUUCGUGUACCAGAACAACAAAAUUUAGCGUCAACAACAUCAGCACAAACGGCACAAAAAUCGUAUAAAAAUGGCUUAUCUACUUGGAGUAAAAAAGUUGGACGAAAAUGGGAUCAAUUAAAACGCAGUGAUUCAACUGAAUUCCUUUCAAUAUCUGCUGGUCGUACUGGACAAUGGUCGCCAAGUCCAUUCAACAUCGCCUCCAGUUCGGAAACAUCACUGGGUGGAACAGCUCAACGUAUACGAAAACGAAUAUCCCGAGUUGAAUCACUACGGAACCUAUUUUUGAAACAUGAUCGUAGCACAUCAGCGUCAGAGAAUGGGGAUCGUUUUUCAACGUCAGACCCAAAGGAAUCUAGUAAAUUUAGUCCAUUUUCCACACGAAAUUUAAAUAAGAAACGCAAUUCUCAAAUUAAUGACAACAUUAAUUUAUCGGAGAAACAGUUAGUGGAUUAUUUGUUGCUAUGCCAGCCUUCAGAUCGACAUCGAAUUGUACGCGAAUUGAUCGAAACUAUCUCGAGUAAUGACGAUGCAACUUCAAACUCACGAAAGAGUCAUCAAUCCUUAUCAUCUCCUUUUCGAAGUAGUACUUAUAAAAAAAAUUUCAAAUCAGUUAAAAAUUUUUUUAAACGAAGUUUAUCCGAAGGAAGUAUUGCUAGUAAUACAGCGUUAAGUUCGAUGUUAUCCAAUCAAAAUUUAACGUCAAUGGAUGAACUUUGUUCGGUGUUAAAUAAAAUAUUAAUCGAUAGCGAAGAUGAUUUUAUGCGGAGUUCAGAUACCCUCGAAAGUCAACCGGGAUCAAUUGGAGAUGAAAUGAUUGAAAUGCGACGUUCAAAUAGUUCCGGUAGUUUUUCCAGUCAUAAUUACGAUCUAAAAAGUGAGUAUGCAUCGAUACCUGAACGACUGGUUGGCGCCGAAGAUGAUACUGAUAGUUGUGACGAAGAAUUCUUUAAAUCGAAUUUAUUACAAUCGCAAGGUAGUUUAAAACGCUUAAGAAAAUCGAGCAACUCAGUUGAAUCGAUACAUAAACGACAAAUCGUUAACUAUAGCUUUAAAUCCGACGCGGAACAAGUUUGUUACAUUGACAAGGAGUUCAAAUGUAUACGAAUUACCGCAAAUGAAGCCCAGUCAAUUGUAUUUACAUGCCAAAAAAGUAAUCCGCAUAGCAGUUGUUCCGAAUUUGUGAUUACAUCAAUUUUACCGAAUUGUGAAGCGGAAAAAUAUGGAAAAAUAUGUGUGGGAGAUCAAAUUGUAAAAAUUAAUGGACAGAGGUUACGUGGUUUGUCGAUGCAGGAUGUAGAAACGUUAAUUCGACAAUCGACGGGUUAUAUUGAAAUUGUUUUAUCUAGAGUACCAAAAACUUGUGUGAAAUCACUGCCAAACGAAACAAUUCCUGAAAAUCAUCAAUUUAAAGUACCAAGAGCGAAAAUCGAUGAGAAUCCAAGUGCAACAACUUCGUCAUCUACGCCGAACGGUGGGAUUAAACGAAAUAAAACUAGGCAAUCUAUGUUACCACAAAAUUCACAUGUUGAGAAUAGUAAUUCAACUCUACCUCCGACAACGGGGAUGAAGAAAUUUUUGACACCACGUCGAAGAAGUAUUGCCGUGGAGCAACCAUCAAAAGUUAAUAGAAGAUCAUGUGGCGGAAGUGUUAUUGGAAGACCGAAGUCAAUAUGUUCUGAAUUAAAAGUGAAAUUUGAAAAAGGACCCGGACGUAAAUCACUUGGAUUUUCAGUUGUUGGAGGGUGUGAUUCGCCGCGCGGAAAUAUUGGAAUAUAUGUUAAAACAGUGUUUGCACGUGGACAAGCCUCUGACGAAGGUACUUUACAAGCUGGUGAUGAAAUUAUUUCGGUGAAUGGAAUCGUCUUGCAAGGUUUAACCCAUGCCGAAGCGAUCAACGUAUUUAAAAAUAUUAAAAGUGGUGAAGUUAUUCUCGAAAUACUCAGACGUGAUUCAACACAUCACUAUCAAUAAAACUUUUUUUUUUAUAAAGGUUCAACUACAUGAUAUUAUUU